GAUAAACUUCGAUUAGUCGGUGAGGUUCAUUACCCCAACCUAGAGUUUGACACAACCAACAUCGCAUUCGGCCAUAUUCUCAACCACACCGAAAUCACUCGGCAAACACUUAUUACAAAUUGCUCUCCCCUUCCUGUCCGUUAUCGCUGGAGUCUACUUGUCGGUGAAGGAGCCAACAUCUUUUUUCGCCGAGAGGCUGAGCUUCCGGGUUUAUUAGAAACUGUUCAGAGGAUAGAAACACCUGCCUCUAUACUCGAUGAAGAUCCGACAGAGGCUGAACCAACUUCUCGAUGCAUCGAACAGCCUGAUGCAGGGGAAUUGGAUACUUAUAAGGAUGUGACAGAAGAAAAAGGAGGUCCAGCAUGUGCAGUCAUGAAUCCGGUCCUCCGACGCCUGCUUGAUCAGGACCGUCAGAUUGUGCCACUUAGCAUCGAGGAAGUUUUUGAUAUAACUCCGCUCUACGGCCAGCUGGCUCCAGGCGAGAGUCAGCCGGUGCUUUUCACCUUCUUUGGGCAUGCCGACAUAGAGGCAUGCGUUACCGCAGCCUGUCAGGUGGAUGAUGGUCCUGUAUAUCGCGUAGUCAUGUCUGGCCAGGCCUCGAGUUCCAACUACGUCCUGGAGCCGAGUUCAGAGCAGAUCGAGUUUGGCCGCAUUGUCUGUCACGAAACGGCUUCCGGACACCUCCGGCUGUAUAAUACUGGCCAGGUGGCCUUUACAUUCCGCGUAUUCGUUGAGGCGGCAUCUUUGGCCGAUGCACACGUAGUCGUGGAGCCAGAUAAUGGCCAACUCGAAGGGCAGACAGACGUGGAGUUAUGCUUAAAGGUGGUGGCUUACCUACCGAAAAAGUUUAUCGUAAACUUAAGACUAGAAGUGGGCCACUUUUCACCACAGCGCAUCUUUGUUAGUGGUGAGGGAGACUUCGCUAGUUUACUCUUCACUCUGCCCAGAGCAGGUGGGUCGGCUGCGAGCGCAGAAGAGGCGGUGAAAGGAAGACAAAUAAAACACGGCGGAAUGGAUUUUAUGAGUGAUGGAGCAAUCCAUUCAGCAUUUCAGCAGAUUCUGCGCACCUUAAAGGCUGAGAAGUCGGCGGCUCAAAAUAUGCCAUGCAAAAGUCUAGUGCUGGAGGACAAAAUAGAAAUACAGCAUCUGCAGGAUCCGGAGAUGGAUCUGGAACACGAAGCUGAGAGAAGGUUUAUCUGCGAAUAUCUUAAUUUAUUGAAGCCACUAAAACCAGAAGUAGAUGUCGCAACAGCUACCCAUAUUCUCCUGACUGGUAAUCCAGACUUUGCAGGUUUAUCCAGGUAA